AUGUCGACCGCCCUCAGCUUACCCAUCAACGUCCAGCCUUGGCUCAAGUACACCGCCACCACCGUUGGUCGCGACAAGAUCUACAGAGGUGUCCAGUACUUCUCCCGCUUCCUCGCCUGGUACCUUCUCCGUCAGGGCGCCACCAAGGAGACCGUCGCUCGCUUCAACAACCUCAAGAAGACUCUCGGCCUCUCCCGCAAGCGCAAGCCCGUUGAGCACAUCGAGAACGCUGUCAAGGCAACCUCCGUCAAGGACGAGUUCCUCAGAUUCAGCACCAUCGGCAAGCAGCUCGCCUACGCCGGUUACUUGACCCUCGACGGAAUCAUCUUCAUUGAUGGAUCCGGCGCUUACAAGUUCAAGAACAUCAAGAAGUACAGCGAACUCGCCAGCAGAUUCUGGUUAGCCGGUAUCGUCUUUGGUUUCCUCGGUGGUUUGUACAAGACCCGCCAGAUCCAGAUCCGUCGCGAGGUUGCUGCCCGCGGCUUGGCCCACAGCGCCGAGUCCGAGAAGUCCCACGCCCGCACCGAGCUCAAGGCCAUUGCCAAGGAGCAGUACAGCGUUAACAAGCAGCUUCUCCAGGAUGGUUUGGAUAUGCUCAUUCCCGCCACUGGCUUGGGCUACCUGUCCUUGGAUGACGGCGCUAUUGGUCUCAUUGGUACUGCCACUGCCAUUAUGGGCGCUCAGUCCCAGUGGGCAAAGGUCAACAAGAAGGCAUAA